AGUUGCCAUUUCUGUCCGUGCACAGCUGUUUUAAAAGCAGAAAGAAACAGUGAAAAGGAAAUAAUUACAUAAAAAACACACUGACCGGCAAAUUGUUGACGACUUUCCCAAAGGUUCCCAUCAAAAAUAGGUCCCGUGCUGCAUUACCGGGAUUGGAGCUUGCCGUAACCAAAGAAUGAGUGGUUACCAAUAUCUGGACGUGAAGCUGAAACUCCGUGAUCCCGACUCCGUGACUUUGACGCCCGUAUUUCUCUACGGUUGCAUUUUCAACUCUUUGGCGAGUAUAUUUGGCGAAAUCGGUGGCCAAACCACUGUGGAUAUUGUGAAAUUUAGCACUGAGCAAAACCGCUUCAUUUUCCGGGUGACCGAGGAUUUCCUGGAACGUGUUCGCAUAGCCUUAACCCUGAUCGGAUACUAUCAGGAGGUGCCCUGCCAUUUCCAGGUGCUCAAUACAUCGCAGAAACCCCUAGAUUUUGAGGAAUCCCCCGUGGAAUUUAUAGCAUUUGACUAA